AUGGAUUCACCGGACCGGAGCCUCAAGACAGAGCGACUGGCAAGAAUACUUUCGAUUCUGGACUCUCUCAAAGACACGGGACUGGCCAACGUAAUUGACCUCCCGAAGAUCGUCGUCUGUGGCCAACAGAAUUCCGGAAAGAGCUCUCUUCUUGAGAGCCUGACAGGGCUGAAGUUUCCGGUCAAAGAUGGACUCUGUACCCGUUUCGCAACAGAACUUGAAGUGAGAAGAGCCCCGGAUUCGUCACUGCAUGCGUGCAUCGACCCCGGCCCAGAUCGCACCGCCUCCGACAUCGAACACCUCCGUAGAUUUCGGCCCACGGUCACAGACGUCGAUUCACUCGGACAAAUCAUCGAUGAGGCCCAGUUCUACAUGUCCAAGAUCAACCCGUCGACCAUCUGCUCGGACAUCUUGCGCCUUCAAUUCAGAGGAUCGGAUCUCUUCAAUUUGAGCCUUGUUGAUCUGCCGGGGGUGUUUCACAACAAAGCCCCGGGCCAGACCCUCGAGGACAAGGCUGCGGUGGACCAAUUGGUGCGCAACUACCUACGACUCCCGCGGGCCAUCAUCCUGACCAUCGUCUCCGGAGGCAACGAGCCCGCGAACCAAAUCAUCACGCAGAUGGCAAAGGAGGAGAGAAAUGACGGAUGCCGGGUCAUUGGUGUGGUCACAAAGCCCGAUGAACUCGACGGCAGUACGCGCGACCACCAGCGAGAGGUGUUUCUGCAGAUUCUGAACAACGAAGUCUACCACUGCCAGCUGGGUUGGUUCAUCAUCCGGAAUCGGAAUGGAGAGCAGAAACAGCUCAGUGCCGAUGAUCGAGACGAGAUGGAGGCGAAAUACCUCCGGGGCAAGAAUUGGUCUUCGGUUCCGAAGGAACAAAAGGGCGUGGGGCGGCUACGAAGUAGGCUGAUCCAAAUCUACCACGAAGAUGUUCUGAGCCAACUCCUACCGAUCACAGCUGAGAUGGAGGAGGAACAAAACAAGAUCAAGAGACAGAUAUCGAACGUGGCCAUGAGACCUCCCCCUCAUCUCACGAAGACGGCCCUCCUCAAGGCAAUCACGCCACUCAAUACAUUGAUCCGAGACGCGAUUGCCGGUCAGUACCAGCACGAGUUCUUUCAACAAUCACCGCGGGCGCACCAGGCCCUACUCCACGACGAGAUCCUAGGUCUCAUCGAUUCGUACAAGAGUCGCCUUCGAACCCACCUCAAAGACGCCAAGCCUUUAGGGAACACGGUCAACUUCGCGGCAUCGCGUACGGACAAGCGCGGCGCGGGUGAAGCGGACCCUCUUGGUCAGGCCAUGGAAAUGCUUUCGCUCGGCGGAGGGCUUCCAGGGCAGUAUAACCCCGCCGUCACCGAGGACCUCUUCCACAAACUCGUGGCCGAGUGGUCUUCCAUCUUCAGAGACUUGGUGCGUGACCUCCUCGACGUCCUCACCGACUUCAUGAAGUUGGCAGCCGCUCAUCUCCUCGGUGCGGACCUUGCGCCUGGAUUUCUCAGAGAGUUGGUCGACCCAGUCUUACGUCGUCUCGCGGAUGAACUCGAGAGCCACCUCUGCGACCUGGUCAAGAAGCACACCACCAACUCACCAGCCCUCACUCGGGAUCUCCUCAAGGACGGCAUCCGCCGUGGCAGGGCGAGGUACAUGUCGCAUCUCAUGUCAGAAUUGCUCACUGAUUCCACUGCCACGAGUCGCCAUCGACGGGACUCGCGGCAGUCCUUGCUCGAGGAGAGAUUGCUUGACAUGCCACCAGACACUUUCGGCUCGCAACUCGCCCUCGCCGAGGCCCUAGAGUGCGCCGAGAUGCAUUAUGAGUGUAUCCUCAAAAGUCAGGCACUCCCUGUCAUUGACUUCCCUAGCAUGGACAGUCUGGUCCUUCAAAAGCUUGUCAAGUCCUUUGACUGGAACCUUGUCAUUGGCCUGGAGAGCGACGAACUCGAGAAGAUUGGGAACAUGCAGAUCGACCCUGCGGCAGCAAAAGAGCAAGAGCACCUCAAAGAGCAGUACGAAAAACUUCAAAGUGGCGUGCGUGAGCUGAAGGAGAUGUUGCAGGAGGGUGAGUUUCCAUCACUGACGCCGUCUCGUGCCGACACUGACGGAGAAGCGUUGACAGCCAACGCUGGCUUCAAGACCCCCAAGAAGCACCCGCGGGAUGAGGAGGCAGAGGAUAGCCCGUUGACGAAGAAAUUCGCGCGGCGGCCGGCCAUUGCCAGCGCUGAGGAGAGCAGCGGAGAAGAAGACUCGGACGACUAUUACGGCAAGGAGCUAUGA